UUAAACGUAAUUGCAUUGUGAGAACUAGUAGCGUCUCCAAGCUAGGAAUCAAUGGCGAACACUUGUGCGAAAAUCCAUGUUGAUUCCAGGGCUCCAGAACCCAUCAAUAUUCACAAAAACAUCUCCAAAACCCGAAAUUCAGAAAGUAACGGCACCCCAUAUUGGUACUCUGCAGAAACAGGAAUAUACAGAAGCUUACACCCUUCUGUACAACUCCCAUCCCACCCAUUCCUCGACGUCGUUUCCUUCAUUUUCUCACACAAUCAUGGCGGCGUGUCUGCUCUGGUGGAUUCCCAAUCUGGGUUUUCACUUUCCUACCCGGAGUUCCACUCUCUCGUCAACUCCACGGCCGCCGCUCUCCACCGCAUGGGCGUUUCGCAAGGCGAUGUGGCCUUGCUUUUGCUGCCCAAUUCCAUUUAUUUCCCGGUCAUCUUCCUCGGCCUUUUAAGCGUGGGCGCAGUGGCGGCCACCAUGAAUCCUCUCAGCACUUUGGCCGAGAUAAAGAAGCAAGCUUUCGACUGUAAUGUCCGCCUCGCGUUUGCCACUCCUGAUCGAGUUCAAAAUCUGGGUUCUGCAUUAUUGGGUAUUCCGGUUAUUGGGUUGCCGGAAAGUUUAAAUCUUGAUGAGUUUGGCAAGUUAUUAAUCUCUAGUGACCCAAAAAAACUGGCUCCGAUCCCGAGAAUCAACCAGCAAGACACCGCCGCCAUACUGUUUUCGUCGGGCACGACGGGCGGCUGCAAAGCGGUGGCGCUCACGCACGCCAACUUCAUAGCUACGGUGGCGCUCUUCGUGAGGUUUGAAGCUUCGCAGUACGAGUAUCCGGCGACGGCGAACGUGUACUUGGAUGUUGUGCCGAUGUUUCACGUGUAUGGGCUGUCGCUUUUCGUGGUGGGGUUGUUGUCGUUGGGUUCCACCGUUGUGGUGAUGAGGAAAUACGAUAUCGACGAUGCGGUGAGAGCCAUAGAUAGAUAUGGAGUCACCCAUUUCCCCAUGGCGCCGCCAUUGUUGGUUGCUUUGACAAGAAAAGCAAAGGCGGCUGUCGGCGGCGCUGCUAAUUGCAGUCGUCUGAAGAGCCUGAAACAGGUUUCUUGUGGAGCAGCUCCGGUCAGCAUAACUUCCAUUCAAGACUUUGUUCACACAUUCCCCCACAUUGAUUUCAUUCAGGGUUAUGGCAUGACAGAGUCCAGUGCAGUUGGAACAAGAGGUUUCAACACUGCAAAGCUUCGUAACCACACUUCUGUGGGACUUCUGGCUCCCAACAUGGAAGCUAGAGUGGUAGAUUGGAGCAGUGGUUCAUCCUUGCCUCCAAACUCCAUGGGGGAGCUAUGGCUGCGCGGUCCUGGUAUCAUGAAAGGGUACUUGAAUAAUGGUGAGGCUUCCAAGAAUGCAGUAGAUGAAGAUGGGUGGCUCCAUACCGGAGACAUUGUGUAUUUUGAUGAAGAUGGGUAUCUGUACGUGCAUGACAGGUUAAAAGAGAUGAUCAAAUACAAAGGUUUCCAGAUUGCUCCUGCUGAUUUAGAAUCAGUCUUGAUGUCUCAUCCACAUAUUACAGACGCUGCAGUUACCUCAGCCAGCAAUGAAGAAGUUGGAGAGAUUCCUGUGGCUUUUGUGGUGAAGACAGAAGGCAGUGAACUAUCCCAGGCAGCUGUGAUUGAUUUUGUAGCCAAACAGGUUGCACCAUACAAGAAGGUUAGAAGAGUCUACUUUACAAAAUCAAUACCAAAAUCUGCUCAAGGAAAGAUUCUGAGAAAGGAGCUUAGGACCCUCUUAAUGACUUCCAAAAUAUAGAAGGGACCAUAUAUGCAUGUUUGUUUCCAGUUCUGGGAUUAUCUUAAUUAUGCCAUAAAUCCCAUAAUCUAGCAUUUUAAGUAUGGGUAUAUCUGUUUCUGUUUAUGUGUUCCUAUAUAAAGGCUAUCAGAUCAUAUGGAAUGCUUAUAUAGUUAUAUGUGCUUAAUUCUCCUAAGUUAUAGUAUUUUCCAGUGAAGAUAUAUGAUGUAGAUUCAUGCAUGGCUUCACCAUUUUUUUUUGUUUUUCUUUU